AUUAGUCUAGGAUUUUUGUUUAUUUUGUCCCACAACAUUAAGAAGUUCAAAUAUGGUUUUAAAUAUGUUUGCCUAGAAAAUUAAUAAUUUCUUAUAGUUUCGGUUUUUCCUUUACAUUGAACAUUAAACGUUAAGCAGACACUAACCAAGCUUUAAAAUAUGUGUGUAUGCGUGCAGGGAUAUGGCAUGAUGACUCUAGUGACCACGCUCCGGGCGCAGCGCUCAUCGCCGAGGCAUAGAAGAGGGCCACCUGCAGCGACGAAGGGCGGGAAGAAGAAUGGAUGUCGCCCUCGCUCUACCUCAUUCCUCUCGCACAGGGAGCCGACAAGCCAUGCGGCCUCGCCUUCGCCGCUGACCAGUUCGAUGCCGACCACCCCAAGGAGCGCGCCUCCCGCAGCUCCCUCUUCAACUGGUGGUACUUCUCCAUGGCCAUCGGCAUCUCCGUCGCUGUCGCUGUCGUCAGCUACAUCCAGGAGAACGUCGGCUGGGGGAUCGGCUUCGGCUUGCUUUGUGUCAUCAUGUUAUGCGCCUUCGCCAUCUUCCUCUCCGGCACCCCCACCUACCGCCUAUAUGCGCCCAUCCCAGGCGCCGAGAGCACCUUUGCUCGCCUCGGUCGCAGCCUUGUGGCGCUCAUGAGGAACUCGAGCUUAUUCCGUACAAAAGGAUGCCAAGACGAGGACGUCGCAGCCAAGUCGGAGGAGGCGCGCGGCGUGCUGCGGCUGUUGCCGAUCUGGGCGGCGUGCCUCGCAUACGGUGUGGCGUACGCGCAGAUAAUGACACUCUUCAACAAGCAGGGCCGCACCCUGGACAGACGCAUCUUCGGCGGCCUGGAGCUGCCCCCGGCGGCCCUUCAGACGCUAGGGCCAGCAAGCAUCCUGUUGUUCGUCCCCAUCUACCACCGCCUGCUGGUGCCGGAGCUGGGGCGCGCGACGGGCAAGCCAUCGGGGCUGACUCUUCUGCAAUGCGUGGGCGUGGGCAUGGUGGUGUCGAUGGGCGCGGUGAUCGUGGCAGCACUGGUGGAGGCUCGACGGCUGGAGACGGCGCAGGAGCACGGGCUGGUGGACGACGCUGGCGCGACGGUGCCGAUGAGCUGGGCGUGGCUGGUUCCGCAGUACGCGAUGAUGGGCGUGGCGGACGUGCUGACGGUGGUGGGCCUGCAGGAGUUCUUCUACGACCAGAUGCCACGCGAGCUGCGCAGCCUCGGCCUAGCGCUCUACUUCAGCAUCAUGGGCAUCGGCGGGUUCAUCAGCAGCGCCCUCAUCUCCUUCAUCGACCGUGUCACCAGAAGCGGCGGCGGCGACGGCUGGUUCGCCGACAACCUCAACGGCGCCCACCUCGACUACUUCUACUGGCUGCUCGCCGGGCUCUCCGCCGCUGAGCUCGUGCUCUUCGUGUGGCUCGCCAGCUCCUACACCUACAACAGCAACCACAAGAGGCUUCAGCACUGAGUGGUCACGGGGACCAUUCGAGGUUGUGUACAAAAAUGGUCCACAUUGUUCAGUAGUAGGUAGGAAACAAGAAAUCUCUAGUAGUAUUAAGCGGAUGGCAUUUGUAAUUGCAAAUGUUAAAAUGAAGGGCGAGCCGAUUGGAAAUUGACGUACUCUGGCUAGCUUGAGUGUUCAAUCAUCUCAUCUGAUCUAAGGUGUUGCAACUCGCAAUCAUAGACGCGAACAGGCCUGUAGCCUACUGGUUGCAGCGACCUUAGUAGCACCCCAGGUUAUGGGUUCAACUCCCGGUGGGAGUGGAUUUAAAUUGGAUUAGGCAAAAAUCCAUCUGACGGUACUAUAAUUCUUCAGAUUUACUAUU